AUUUAUUAACCGGAAAGAAAAGGAGGGACAAAACGGCCGUACACUCUUGUCACACAUAUUACGCCGCCGUAACAACCGCACUCCAUCACUUCUGGUGUAUAUAAUUCAUCCAAACGAUGGGUGACGUCAUUCUAGGAAUGCCAGGGCCUUGGGCUGAUGAUAAUUAUGAAAUAGCUGAUCAUUUUACUACAAAAAUCGGUGGACUUCCGGACUUUCCUUGUUCUAAGUCUGCUAUUAGACCGGAUCUUCUUAGGUGUGAUUCAUGUGGAGAACACCUAUGUCUUGUGGCUCAGAUUUAUGCCCCUAUUUCCAGCAAGAUGUUAACGGUAGAAGAGCGUGUGAUUUAUAUACUUGCUUGUGUAGCACCAGCUUGUGAGGCGUUGAGAUGGCGUGUUCUUCGUGUUCAAAGACCUUUCACUGAGAAAGAACCAGAGCCUUUAGACGAUGACGCUUCUGCAUCACCAUCAACCACUAAGUUGCAGGCUGACCCAUGGUCAUUCGACGUUGAUGAUGAAGAUGAUGACAUAAAUCUAGAUGAUUUAGGUCGGGCACUUACUGAAGCCACAGCUUUGGCUUCUGCUUCCAAAACUAAAAAGCAGAACACUUGCCCAGAACCUACCGACAAAAACUCACCUAUAAGCCUAAGAAGUAGAACAGUAGAUGACAAGUCAGCAGUGUUAGCGUGCUUUUAUACCUACACUCAAGAUGAGAAUUAUUCAAAAAAUGUUGCCUCUUUGUCUGCAAGCGUUUCUUCACUUAAUAUCAAAGCGAACGAAAGUGAUGGUAAUGAGCAUGAACCUGAUGAAGCGUGGGAAGGAGAAAGUUAUGAAUAUGACAGAGCUCUUAGUGCUGACCGGACCUACCUUAAGUUCAAGAAACGGGUGGAUUUACAUCCAGAGCAAUGUUUCAGAUACUCAUAUGGCGGGAAGCCACUUUUGGCGAGUAUAGAAGCAGGAGAUCCUGGAAGGUGCUCACUGUGUGGCGAACCGAGGCACUAUGAACUGCAGCUCAUGCCUUCGUUGUUGUAUUAUUUACAGGAAGCAACUAACAACUGUUCCCUCGAAAACUGGAACUGGAUGACAGUAUUAGUUUAUACUUGUUCCAAGGCAUGUGCACCCUCCUCGAAGCUGGAAAGUGAAGGCUGGAUUGUAGCAGAAGAAGCCAUUGUGGUACAAACCGAGUAGAAGUUACAUUUGUACUGCACGAUGAGUUUGGGUAACAUAUAUAAUAUGGUACAGAGAUGAGUUUUUAUGUAUCUUUGCAAGUUUAAUUCAUUAGCCAAUGGCUUGUUGUAUCAUUGCCUGUUGGCCCGGAUUUUGAAGGUUGUUUCUAUAGCAUCAGUAGUAUCAUCAUCAAUUUAUCAUUGUUAUACAUGGGCUAUGGUCUCAUUUGGUGAAUUUAUGUUUGGUUAUUUAGAUAUAUAUUGAACUUUUUAUUA